CAGGAGUCAUGGUUGGUGAUGGAACAUUUCUUACUGGGAAGUAUAAAUGAGUGCUACUCAUGGAAAGCUCAUUUGAUGGUCGGAAGAAGAUUUUUCCAAUUGCAUUUGCCAUUGUGGAGAGUGAGAAUAAUGAUAGUUGGCUACAGUUCAUAAGACACCUUCAAGGUUUAACCGAUCGAAAUGAUGUCUACAUGAUCUCAGAUAGACAUGCGGGACUCUAUGAAGCCAUGAGUGACAUCGGGAGAGGAGGUGGUGAAUGUGACACUAUGCAAGCAACUUGAAAAGGAAGACUAAAAGUAAGAUUAUGUAUAAUCAACUGUUUCGAGCCGGUAAGCAUUCAUUGCUAUGGUUAUUUAAUGUUAUGUAUUAUUUAUUCUCAUUUAAAUUUUGUCAUGGAUAUAUCUAACUCAUGUGGUUAUUUAUUGUUCUCUCGUGAGAAAAAGGCUUGGAGAAGUUCGAUCGUCAAGUUGAGCAAUUUAAGAAGAUGGUCACUGAUAGAAAUGUUUCAUUCGAUAACUGGGUGGUCCAAAAUCAACUAAGUUGGAGCUUAGCAUAUGAUAACCAUAAUCGUGGGCAUUGAUGGUCUGUCAUGACAUCCAACAUGACAAAGAGCAUUAAUGGUGUUUUCAAAAGUAUUCGUUCACUUCCUGUAACUUCUUUUGUGCAACAUACUUAUUGACGAUUAUUGGAGAAAAUCGAUAAAAUGAGGUUGGAGAUAAAAGCAAAAAUCAGAAAUGGUCAUUCAUUGUACACUUCUGGUCGUCGCCAGUGUGGUGACUUACGUCGGUGUCGGUCGCCUCCCUCUCCCACGACCCCUUCCUCCACUGGAGAUGACUUCCUCUUCGCCGGAAUCGUGGUCGGAGUCCGCCAUCUUUGUUAUCUGCCGCUGCCGCUCGAAAAGAAGAAGAUGAAAACUAGAUCUGAUCUGGUGGAGGGGACAAAGCUGCUAUUGCGGAUCCGCGCGAGCAAGUGGAUGGAGGAAGAAGACAACCUGCGGAUCCGGGCGAGUGAAGAGGAAGGAGGAUAUGAUUGGCGGAACCGGCCUAGCAAAGAAUGAAAAAGGAAUUCUGGUGCGAGAUUGGGUUUCUUGUGGGUGGUGGGGAGAAGAAGAAGAAGACGCGAAAACGAAGUACAACAGCAGUGCCGAUCCGCGUGAGCCGUUUUCCCUUUUUUCUAGCUCACGAGGGUCUGCUUUACUUAUAGUUUAAAAAGUAGCUAACACGAAACCACGUAAUUAGUCCUUCCAAACACAAUAUCCCUGUAAAUAGUUUUCAGACCGCUAUAUUUGUGGUAAUUGUAUUAAAAAAACAAUAUUUAU